CUGUGCUCGCUGCCUGCCUGCGGGCCCCUGCCUUGCGCUUGCCUUGCCCUGUCUCUCUCCCUCUCUCUCUCACUCCCCAACCCAUCUCUCUCUACUUUCUCUCUCCUCUCUCUCUCCAUUCCCUUCCUUUCCUUAUUGACACAAAUCCAUUAUUCCUUCCCCUUCGCUUCGCUUAUUCCCCACCCCACCCCACUCACCCCCCUCUCCCUCCCUCCCCUUCCACACCGCCGCAGCCGCCGCCUCCGGAGAAGGGUCAGGUCACUCCCACGGCGGCAGGCGUCCUUCCCCGGGACGUGCUCCGCUCCGCUCCUGCUCGGCGGCGGCGGCGGUGUCCUUCCCCGGCUGCUGCUGGGCUCGCGCGCGCGCACCUGCUCCCUGUGCUGGGCUCCGCGAGGUGCUCCUCCGAUGCGGCGGGAUCGCGCGGCCGGCGCGCGGGGCGUGCCGUGAUUCGGCCCGAUUCGGCGGGGACGCUGGAUCUCGGCGCGUCCGCGUGCGGGAACCAGUGAGUUUUUUUUUUUUCCUUCCUUCUUCUCGGGCCGCUUGGUGCUCGUCAGCGCGGGAGGCGGAGGUUCUCGGGAGCCGAUCUGGUGCUCUCGCCGCCCGGAGAGGGUGGUGCCGGGGCCCAUUGCGAGGUUCCGCUUAGGAGGAGGAGGUAAGUCAAGUCCCCUCGUCUCAUGGGGCUCGCGCCGCCGGAGCUGGGCCAGUUCGACGGGUGGGAGAGCUCCGGGGAGGAGGAGCGGGAGCGGGAGCGCUGGGGCUGGUGCCGACGCAGCCGCCGCCGCAGCAGCAGCAGGCGCCGCGCGGGCGCGGCACCCAAGGACGACGACGCCGCGGUCGCCACCGGCUGCUGCAUCCGCCUCUGGCCCGUCGGGACGUGCCCGCCGCAGGCGCCGCCGCGCAGGUCCAAGGUCGACACCUCCACCAGCAGCGCCAGCACGCACGGCGCAGAGAAGUCGACAGAAAAUGGUAGCAGGAAUCAACCUGUCGCAUUGGUAGUCUCAGGUUCUACAACUACUAGUAACGCUGAAAGCAGUUCAUCCGCAUCUAAAGUUGGAGAAGAGAUAAAAGUUGCCUCCCAGCUGCGCAAGUUUGCAUUCAAUGAUCUAAAAUGUGCUACUCGGAACUUCAGGCCUGAAAGUCUCCUUGGAGAAGGGGGUUUUGGAUGUGUUUUUAAAGGGUGGAUUGAAGAGAACGGAACUGCACCCGUGAAACCUGGUACAGGUCUCACAGUUGCUGUCAAGACGCUAAACCAUGAUGGGCUUCAAGGGCACAAAGAAUGGGUGGCUGAAGUUGAUUUUCUUGGAAAUCUUCACCAUCCCAAUUUGGUCAGGUUGAUUGGAUAUUGUGUUGAAGAUGACCAAAGGUUGCUGGUGUAUGAAUUCAUGCCUCGAGGCAGUUUGGAUAACCAUCUUUUUCGAAGGUCUCUUCCUCUUCCAUGGGCUAUCAGAAUGAAGGUUGCACUUGGAGCAGCAAAGGGUCUGGCUUUCCUUCAUGAAGAAGCAGAAAGACCAGUCAUUUAUCGUGAUUUUAAAACAUCUAAUAUACUACUGGAUGCGGAGUAUAAUGCAAAGCUCUCCGAUUUUGGGCUUGCGAAAGAUGGACCUGUAGGUGAUAAAACUCAUGUCUCUACUCGAGUAAUGGGAACCUAUGGAUAUGCAGCACCAGAAUAUGUCAUGACUGGUCAUCUGACAUCAAAGAGUGAUGUCUACAGCUUUGGGGUUGUGCUUCUUGAGAUGAUGUCAGGGCGCAGAUCAAUGGACAAGAAUCGCCCUAACGGCGAGCACAACCUUGUUGAAUGGGCGCGCCCCCUCCUAGGAGAGAGGCAGCGCUUCUACAAGCUAAUCGACCCUCGCCUGGAGGGCAACUUCUCAGUGAAGGGCGCCCAGAAGGCCGCCCAGCUAGCGCGCGCCUGCCUCAGCCGGGACCCCAAGGCGCGGCCCUUGAUGAGCCAGGUGGUGGAGGUCCUCAAGCCACUGCAGAACCUCAAGGACAUGGCAAGUGCCUCCUACUUCUUCCAGACGAUGCAAGCUGAGCGGUCGAGCAGCAUGAACGGGAGGAGCAGCCAUGGCCUCAAGACGCAGAGCCCAUUCGGGCGGAACGGGCAGCCGCCCAUGAGGAGCCUCUCUGAUGGCCCUCGCGCCUCCCCGUUCCGCUACUCACCAAAGCCGAACGUGAAAUGAGGUGGUGACGGUGGAGGCACAUGGCUGCGGUUUUCUGCUGGUUGAAGGCAUGCCCCCCUGGAGGAGUAGGUGCGGUGAUGAAACCUGGGUUUGCUGGGGGUGACUGGUUCGGGGCCGUGCAUUGCAUUGGGGCGUCGAAGUCGAACCAUAAUUAAUUGAUGCGUGUUGUAGAUUGACAUGUGCACAAAGGAAAGGAUAUAGGCGAAAAAGGAGGUGUAGGUAUCGGAGUUUCCUUGGCGGAUCGGAUGGAUGUUUGCUCUGAGGUUUUAACUGAAUGAAUGCUGAUGGACCGUUGCUAUAUCUUUUUGUCCCAGUCAAAGUAAGGUAGGGUUAGGUACUUAGGUGACUGCUGACUUCCUUGCAGCCUGCUGCAGUGCAUCGUGAAUCUUGGCGAUAGAUAGUUGCUGCUCGUGUUCGGUCUGAAUGAAAGAGAAAUGCUUCGAUCCCUGCCUUUCGAAGCAAAACAAAAGAGGAAUCAUUAUUCUUUCGACCA